AUGGUCUACGCUGACGAGGAUGAGAUCGACUGGAGCGAUGGCUCUUUUGGUGCUCCGUCUCGGAUACGCAUCGACGCCGCACCCGGUUUAACUCAUCACAACCCAACAGCGGACAUUUACGAGGACCAAGAUUCGCUUUUCGUCAACGACACCCUUCAGAACCCUACGCGUGUUCAACGAGCUCGUGCCGGUGUUCAUCUGAACCGUCGUAUACCUUCCAAGGCGGACUACGUCAACUACGUGCUUUACCAAGCUAGUCAGAAGGGUUACGAAGCCACUUUUCUGAACCGCUUCGUAGCGCAUGCCUUGCAUCCCGACCGCCUCGCCCAGUGUUCUGAAGAUACAAACAGCGGCCGCCAAAGCAUCGCCGAGUACAUGAAGUCUGUAUCACAUGAGGUCAACAGUAUCACGAAGAAAAUGAUCUGGAAUGGCCACUGCCGCACUGUACACCUUCUCGCUGGAGACGGCAUGGACGGCGCGCCGUUCCUCGAUCUACAUACUCUCGACACCAAACCCUUCUCAAAGUACGGUCCUGGCAAUCUCUUUCCUGUAGCAGAGAGAGUCAACGUGUCUUGGCACCGUACCAGCUCACAUCCUACGAUGGUACGAUACUCGACCAAGGAGUACGAACUUGGCUACCAGGCUGGUCCAUUGGAAGAUCUUGACGCUGUAUCUCAGACACUGUUUCGAAAGGAGAACUUCAGUAUGACUUUGCCGAUCGGUCGUGCCGUCAAGCUGUCAACAUCCAAGAAGCGUAAAGGUCAGAACAUGCCUGGAGCAGCAACCAGAGAUGACAGAAUGGCCUCAUCUCGUCGGAACUGGAUUCCUUUCCCGCAGCUGGCCACAACGUCAGAAUUUCACGAGCCUCAAUCCAUUACAAGCAGUCCACUCGAUAUCGGUCACGAAGCAAAGGCGGCUGAUGUUCACCAAGAGCCCCGGAUACUGUCAGAUCUCACCCAACUGUAUCACGACCCUGUAGAUGCCCUGUCUCUAGAUGAUGCACAAAAAGAGGGAUCCCAUCAACCUUUUCCUCGUUACGAAGAUCUAUUCGAUUCCCAUGAUUCCGGAAUGUCCAUCGGUGACCAGGCUGGCGCAUGCAAGCAAAGCAACGGCAACGAGCACGUAGAGAAGGUACACCACUGGCGAACCAGGUUGAUCAAUGAUCACAAGCGCCGGCUGACACUUAAGUGGGGUAACCCACCACAGGCUCUCGAUCAUGCAUUCCAGAACUUCAAGCAAGUUGUUACAGCAGCUAUGUCUAUGGGUAUUCGUCCCAUCGCCAACGACUACCCGAAGAAGCUCGAAACCAUCGCAGCCUGGGAGCGACUUCGAGAGCAAGCCAGAAAUUCUGCUCGAUCACAGCAGAACAGUGAAAGCCUGUCCGCUGAAACUACCACUACCGAUUCGCCUGCAUCGCAAAGUCUCCCAGUAGACUCGGACAUGCAUACUCUCGAGUCCUCUUCCUUCUCUCCUCCACAGAUCCUUCGACGAGAUAUUGGUGGAUCGUUGAGCAAUUCUGAAUCUGACAAGAUGCCCUCAGAGCCCUCAAAGAAGAGGAGGAAGAAGAACCAAGCCGUAGAUAGGCAAGUCAUGCGAUGUCACUCUACCCAGCAGCAGUCGACUGCACCCAAGCCAGGCAAGCAACCGAUCAAUCAGUCAAUCGCUGCUCGACUUCGCAAAUCAGACCGACCCUGUCACAAUGCUGUGGCGAAGGACGCAUAUUGGGAAGCUGUGGGUACUGGUGCGACUGAAGAAGAGGCUCGGCAAAUUGCUGUCGACGCAGUGGUUCAUUACCUUCGGCCAAAGCCACCGCCGAAAGCGCCGACGCCUGAGACGACGCCUGAGCUAGAGCCAGAGCCCGAUCUUGGUCCUCAUCCUAGUGGCUCGACCACGAUGGAACACGGUCAGGAGAUUCCCGAUGGCUAUUACUGGAAGAAGCAGAAAGCAGACGAGAAAUUUGCCUGGCGAUGCGACGUCAACCAUGGUCUCGGACGGUACUAUCUAGCGGGCGAUAAGAAGACCUGUCCAGGAUGUGGAGCCGGCCGGACUAGUCUGGGCAAAAGCGAAGAUAUGGACUUCUAUCUCCCGUCGGGUGUCGUGGUUCGCCAAGAAGCACCAGGUCUCUCCAUAUGGAAACCUAGGAAGCCAUACAAAAUAGGCAAACCCGCUACCACGAAGAGAGAAGCGGUCAGCCACAACCAAAUGUGCGCCAAGGUGUACUUUGAACUCCUCGCCGAGGGAAACGAAGCAGAAGAGGCUUUGGCGCUUGCGAUAGAGAGAGUGGACAGUGAGCUGGACAAGAAGCAAGAAGCUAAGAUGAAACGACAGGAAGCGAAAGAGGAGGUUGGAGACUCAGAUGCGGUUGAGGGCGCUAGCACUUCUGUCAGUGUCUCGAGGAGGGACUCCGCUGCCACGAGUCGCAACUCGAGAGGAGGUUGUACCAUGUCCCUCGUCCCGAAGAAGCGUACCAUGGAUGACGUCAUCGAAGAGAGUUUGGAUGAGGCUGUGGGUGAUCUUGGAGAUAGGGAUAUGGGAGGUGAGAAGGAUUCUUGUGAUAGUGUUGUGAUGUCUUCUUCUGAUGAGGAAGAUAGCUCUGGUUCAGACUCGGAAUGA